AUGUCACUUUAUUCAUAUUCUUUACAAAUUGAAAAGUAUCAAGAGGAGAUCUUAAAAGCUAUUGAAGCCCACAAAACAACAAUAAUCAAAGGUCCAACAGGGUGUGGCAAGUCCACGUUUAUUCCAUUUCUUUUGAAAGAUAAAGUAGUGGCAAUUAUCGAGCCAAGAAGAAUUGCUGUAACUUCUCUUUACAGCAUACUUGCACAAAAGAUCGAGAAUCUUGGAUACAAAAUGCGAUUUAGUAAAAAGUGCAACGAAUCAACAAGAAUCACAAUCUUUACAGAUGGCACAUUCUUGAAUAAUAUUCAUGAUCUUGAUUAUGAUUAUAUUAUUGUUGAUGAAGUUCAUGAAAGAUCUGUCAGAACUGAUCUGAUUUUGUCAAUCCUCAAGACGAACUACAAAAACAAGCUUAUAUUGAUGAGUGCAACACUCAAUACUAAAAAACUACAGGACUUCUUCAAGGCAUUUGUAUACGAAAUACCUGGAGAAGGCCAUCCUGUGGAUGUUAAAUAUCUUGAUAUUCCAACAAGCGAUUAUGUUACUGAAUGCUAUUUAGCGAUAAAAAGCAUAAUUAAAAAUAGAGAUAGAGCAGAAAAGAAGGACAUUCUUGUCUUUUUGCCAGGUGAAGAGGAUAUAAAUGAUGUGUAUAAACUUUGUAAGAAACUUCCAGUUGUCGUGCCAUACAAGGUUCACUCAACGAUGAAUGACAAAGACCAGUUAAAAAUAUACGAAAAAUCUGAUCUGACCAAGGUUAUUUUAUCAACUAAUAUCUGUGAAACUUCGUUAACAAUUCCAAAUAUCAAAUAUGUGAUUGAUACUGGGCUGUACAAGAAUAAAACAUUUGACAGACUGUCGUUUCUUGGAAUUCAAGCAAUUUCGAGAGAUAGCGCUAUUCAAAGAAUGGGAAGAUGCAACAGACUUGGUCCUGGCGUAUGCUUUAGACUGUAUGUAUCCAGUCAACAACUUCCAUUAUAUUGUCCAGCAAUUCUCAGAUCCGACCUCACAACCGUUAUUUUGUUCAUAACAAACUUAAAGAAAAACAUUUUUACAUUUGAAUUUAUCGAUUAUCCGCCCAUCAAAAACAUACAAGCCGCAAUUGAAUUUCUUAUCGAUAAGAAAUGCAUUGUAAUAUUGUAUAAAAACACAAAAGUUUGA